UUUUUUUUUCUUUUUCUUUCUCACACUGUCAUGUUCUCUUCAUUCCUUCGUCGUCCUUUUGAAAAGACUAUCAAAUACAGUCGCAACACACUCUGUAAACGAUAUUAUACAGCUGAUCGUUUGAAAGGGAAGACGGUAUUUAUUACUGGAGCAUCCGCUGGUAUUGGUAUGGCAACUGCUCAUGAAUUUGCCAAAGCUGGCUCCAAUUUGAUCCUUUCUGCUCGACGCGUAGACCGACUUGCUGAACUGAAACAAAUGCUUGAACAACAACACACUGGCAUCCAGAUUCAUACAUUGGGACUAGAUAUGAGGGAUAAAAGCAGCAUUGAUCAAGCGGUGGCCUCGCUUCCUAUGGGUGUAUUCAAAGACGUGGAUGUUUUGGUCAAUAAUGCUGGACUUGUCAUUGGUAUGGACCCUGUGGAAAAAGUAACGGAAGAAGCAUAUGAUACCAUGUUUGAUACCAAUGUCAAAGGUCUGGUGUUCUUGACGCAAGCGAUCUUACCUAUCAUGAAGAAACGUCAAUGUGGUCAUAUCAUCAACAUGGGUUCUGUUGCUGGAAAAGAAGCUUAUCCUGGAGGAAGCAUUUACUGUGGUACCAAACAUGCUGUUGAAGCAAUUACUCGAUCACUCUUAUUUGAAUUGAUGGAUACUCCUAUCCGUGUUAGUCAGAUCUGUCCUGGUAUGGUGGAAACGGAAUUCUCCAAAGUCAGAUUUGGUGGUGAUGUUGCAAAAGCCAAUAGCGUCUAUAAAGGCAUGACUCCUUUGGUGGGAGAGGAUAUUGCCGAACUUAUUGUAUUUACUGCAUCGAGACCUGCUCAUGUGAAUAUUUGUGAUAUGCUAGUUUUUCCAACGGCUCAGGCAUCCGCACGAACUGUCCAUCGCCAUCAAGAAGAAAAGUAGUUAGUAUUAGAAUUAGAAUCUGUCCCUUCCUCUCAUCACACACGCACACGUUUGUUUUAGUUAUUAUCCACUUCAUCUACUUUUUGUACCGUGUCAUCACUCAAUAAACAAAUUCAAGACUCCUAUGAAGCUUUUUGACACCAAAGACUUAGUAUGCUCCUUUUUCGAUUUGAUAUAGAAGAUAGAUAUUCCUCGAUUAAUAUAAAGGUUUGUUUGAUAUUGAACGAUGAUUGUA